AUGAAUGGAGCUAUUUCCAUCGAUUAUGGAGCAGCACUGACUAAAUCUUUGCUGUAUUAUGAGGCGCAACGCUCAGGAAAAUUGCCUCCUAAUCAACGAGUGCAAUGGCGUGGAGAUUCUGGACUUAAAGAUGGCAGCGAUGCUGGAAUAGAUCUAGUAGGAGGAUACUACGAUGCAGGAGACAAUGUAAAGUUUGGAUUUCCAAUGGCAUUUACUGUAACAAUGCUUGCUUGGAGCACUGUUGAAUUUCGUGCCCAACUUGAAGCCAAAAAAGAACUCUCAAAUGCGUUGGAAGCCAUCAAAUGGGGCACAGACUACUUCAUCAAAGCCCACCCUCAGGCAGACGUCCUUUAUGGUGAAAUAGGUGAUGGAGAUUCGGAUCACUCUUGCUGGGAGAGACCAGAGGACAUGACCACCCCGAGAAGUACUUUUAAGAUCGAUGAUCAACAUCCCGGCGCUGAUCUUGCAGCUGAGACUGCUGCUGCCUUAGCUGCUGCAUCUGUUGCUUUUAAACAGUCAAAUCCUCGUUAUGCUACUGAAUUGAUAAAGCAUGCAAAACAGCUAUUUGAAUUUGCUCGUAGUCACCCUGGUCAAUAUCAAAACAGCAUCUCAGCUGCAGGAAAAUUCUACUCUAGCAGUGGAUACGAGGAUGAAUUAUUGUGGGCGGCUGCAUGGCUUCAUCGUGCCACCAAUGAGAAAACAUAUCUGGAUUAUGUUGGCACCUCUGGAAAUACUGGUGGCGCAAGAACUGUAUUCUCAUGGGAUGACAAGUUUGUAGGCGUCCAAGUCUUGGCUGCCAAGCUUGUAUUGGAGGGAAAGGUGCAGAAUAAUGGUGUAUGGAGUCAAUACAAGAGUCAGGCUGAACAAUUCAUAUGCUCCUGUGCCCAGAAAGGCAACAACAACGUGAAGAAGACACCAGGUGGUUUGCUAUGGUUUCUUCAAUGGGAUAACCUUCAAUAUACUGCCACAGCUUCUUUUGUAGCAGCUGCCUACGCUAACUAUCUAAAUCCAAGACAUGCCUCUAUCCAGUGCCCCGGAGGAAUUGUUCAGCCCUCCGAUCUGAUCAACCUUGCACGAUCACAGGUUGAUUACAUAUUGGGAUCAAAUCCGAAAAAGAUUAGCUACAUGAUUGGGUUCGGGCCAAAUUAUCCUACCCAAGCACAUCACAGAGGAGCAUCUAUUGUGACAAUCAAGAAGGUCCCAAAACGAGUGGGAUGCCAAGAAGGUUUUCAGCAAUGGUUCAACAGAAAUGCUCCAAACCCUAAUGUGCUUGAAGGUGGCAUAGUCGGAGGUGCAGAUCAAAAUGAUGGAUACACCGACUCUAGAUCCAAUUUUCAGCAGGCUGAACCUGCAACUGUCACGCCUGCACCACUCGUUGGAGUUUUAGCUAGCCUUGCUUAA